CCAACUCCAGCCUCAUACGAGUAGGCUAGACUGUACUCCGAUGUAGUGGAUGUUAAAACAAGGCAGAAAUGUAUUGUGUGUGUGGAUGUUGCAUGUUGUUGCUUUUGAUCUGUUAUAUUUAGCUAAAACGUUGACUUAGCGAAGCCGCAACCCAAAAGUUGAACUGUUUUAACUUGGCGCUUCGCUUUUUCAGAAGCCUCCCUUUUCUCGCUCUCUGCAUCAUCUGUCCCAAGGUGAUAGGACACACUCCGGACAUGGACCCGUUACUAGUUCUGCAGGUCGUGCUGUACGUGACUUGUUUCAUUUGUGGGAUUGUUACAGCCGUUUUGGUUACAAUUGUGCAGGCCCAGCACGAUGGCAAGUGCCUGCUGUUCGGCACGCUCCUGUACAAUAACACCACCGAGACCAUCAGCGUGACCUCGUCUGGAGACCCGUCCGUCUGCAACUUUGCGAUGGCCGUCCCCGUGUGUGUCACGGUGCUCUGCUUCUCCCUCGUCUGCUACAGCUGUGUGUGUGGACAGGGCAGUGGAGGUCGCCUGUGUGCCAACAUCACGCUGGGGAUGAGUGGCCUCCUCAUGUUCCUCUUGAUCAUCAGCGGAUGCGUCCUGAAGAUCGGAAGAGACAAGCUAUGCGAGUCUCUUCCACUGCCCCAGUUUAACAGGUGUGAAGAUGCCCAGACUGCCCAGUGGGACGUUUCAAAGAGUGGCAGCAGAUUCUACAGCCUUCUUCUCAGUGCUGAGAUAUCAGUGUGGGUGAAUUUCUUCUGCUUGCUGUUCGUGGGAGGCCUGGCAAUGGCCCAGCGCAGUACAGGGACCUCUAGUGGAGGGGCGCGGCGUUGCCAUAGGGGGGGCAGGGGGCGCAGCCGGCCACGGAGUACACUGCAGUCAUCCUGCCCAACUGCUUCCUUGGGCUAUGGUGCAACUUUACCUGCAGGUAGUACAAUUUUCAUUGCCUUGUUUGUAACGAAUGCAGAGUUUUACCAACGCAUGAUUUGCGUGUAUUUUUAUCGUAGUCCGCUCAUAUUCAUUACUGUAGGUUGGAGCAAGAGGUCAGCCAACUAAAGGCAUGCAGUUGCCGGGGAUUUUAAAGAGGUAAAUUGAUUGAAACUGUGGUACUUUUAUAUAAGCGGAAUGUUGUGUAUUGAAUUUGUAACCUAGAUAUCAUGUAAACCAUGUAGUGGGUAUGCAAUUGAUUGUUUUGUUUGUUACUUUCAGGAACGACCAAUAGCCACUGUGUAUCCCACCAUUUAUUGUGUAGCAAAUUGUAACUGUUGUGAUACCUUAUGAGACUGAAUCGACACUCCAUUCAUACUGGUACUGUAGCUUGCUGGUAUAAGUACCCAAGCCAUAUCGAUAGUCCAUCCACACUGGUAGCUUAUUUGAUUCAAACCUAUUGAUAGCUCAUCCACACUGGUAGUUUGCCUGGUGUCUAAGCUAGAGUAUCAGCGGUCAUACUGGAACUGUAGUGUUAGGCCUGUAUUGAAGUAAUGUGCGAUACCAAUUUGGGUUUGUUUUCUUUAUAUUCUGUUGGUGAGACCUAUUCUUUUCUUUGCUUUCCUUUUAUCCUUGCCAUCAUUACUUGGGUGCCCUAUUUGGGGGUUGAAUCACCCGUUGUGAUGUGAUUGUUUGCUUUUGUUUUGUAGUGGGUACCUUAUGUUGAAUACACCUUUGUUUUGUAGUGGGUACCUUAUGUUGAAUACACCUUUGUUUUUUAGUGGGUACCUUAUGUUGAAUACAGCUUUGGUGCUACUACUGAUUAAGUACACCUCUUCUUCCUGCUGUUAUACCAUGACAGACAACGCCAGAAA